UCUGUUGCGAAUCAUGCCUGAACCCGCCAAGUCGGCUCCGGCGCCGAAGAAGGGCUCCAAGAAGGCGGUGACCAAGGCGCAGAAGAAGGACGGCAAGAAGCGCAAGCGCAGCCGCAAGGAGAGCUACUCGGUGUACGUGUACAAGGUGCUGAAGCAGGUGCACCCCGACACCGGCAUCUCGUCCAAGGCCAUGGGCAUCAUGAACUCGUUCGUCAACGACAUCUUCGAGCGCAUCGCGGGCGAGGCGUCCCGCCUGGCGCAUUACAACAAGCGCUCGACCAUCACGUCGCGGGAGAUCCAGACGGCCGUGCGCCUGCUGCUGCCCGGGGAGCUGGCCAAGCACGCCGUGUCCGAGGGCACCAAGGCCGUCACCAAGUACACCAGCGCCAAGUGAACAGAUAUAGAAAUCAGAAUAAAAAGCCGGAAUUUGUGAGAAAAGGACAGGGAUUGAGACAGAAGAUAAGUCAGAGGCAAUAGUCCAUUCCCAGAUGAAAAUCUGUAAAGACUAAGUUUUCGAAACUACGAUGUGGA